AUGCCUCCACCUGCUGCAGGCGCCCACCGCCGCUCGCUUCCCUGCAACCAGCACGCGCCCCAGCUCGCCAAGCCGCUCCUGCUCGCCUGGAUCCCCACCAACCACCGCUGCAAAUCGCCUGCGCCGCUCUGCUCGAUUCUGGCCGGCCUGCUCGAUCCCCACGCUCGCGCGUGCGCACGCAGCAGCCUCUCGCGCCUCAGCUUCCACCGCGCAUCAGCGCCGGCCGCCCGGCCACCUCACAGCGCACGCCUGCAGCUCCAUCACCGGCCUCCGCACGCCUCCGCAGCCGAUCUGCCGCCCACUUCGCCCCGCCCGCCCUGGUUCCCGCGUCCAACAGCACCGCCAAGCCGCUCAUGCUCAUGCGCGCCCCUGGCCGUGCCCACAGCGCCGCCUGCCGCCACCAGCUGCUCAGGCCGCGCGCAACAGGCGCCUUAG